CCCGCAACGCGAUGCCUCCCUUGCUGGCAUGGGACAUGCCCAUGAGCUCGGCGUUUACCAUGGAGGGCAUCGCCUUUGCUGACAUUCGUCUCGCUAGCUCUCCUCUCAUCAACCUCGACGUUCAUCCGCACACUUCUGCCGUCCGCAUCGCUGGUCUCACGCUGCGUAACGUGACCACCAGCCAUGUCGACGGCCUUGUCCUUGUCCGCAUGUUUGACUCGGAUCCGUCGCCACCUCCGUUCUUGCCUGUUGCUGUCGACCUCGAUGGGUGGUCGGUCGUCGAUGUCGUCGUCCCCUCCUCCGCCGCCAUUGUCUCGGUCGGCAGCGGACCGUCGUCCGGCUUGCUCGGCAUCACGAUCCCGCAUGCUGUCUCGCUCUCUGGCUCGUCGUUUGCCUCGUCGGUCGGUGUUGCUCUCUAUGCCGGUGGUGCCGCUCACGCAGCCUCGCUGCCAACUGCGGUCACUGACUGCUCGUUCUCGCAACUUCUCAUGCCCGACCCUGUCGGGAGUGAUCUCUCCUCGGCCGUCGUCGCCCUCGACACCGACCUCACCGUCGCCUACUCGACAUUUACGCUCCUCACCUCGAAACAGGGCCCGGCGCUCUUCAGUCACGGCUUCAUCGACAUCACUGCCUCGUCCUUUGCCGCCAACUCGGCAAGCUCCGGCUCUGGAGGAGCCAUCACGCUGCUUUUCGGUGCCAGCUUGCGCGCCACCACCACGAUAUUUGUCAACAACUCGGCACUUGCAUCGUCGGCGGCUGGCGGCGCCAUUUCAGCCAACUCUUCCCCGAUGACCAGCGAGUAUAUCGAGCUCGGUGCCGGCUGUGUCUUGGAGGGCAACUCGGCGACCAACUACGGCGGCGCCGUCAACACCCAGCUUCCACUCAUUGUUGCUGCAGAUGUAGUCUUUAUCCACAACUCGGCCGGCUAUCAUGGCGGCGCAGUCCGUGCCGCGCAUACCACCGUUCUCCACGGCGGCGUUUUCAUCUCCAACACCGCCAACUACGGCGGCGGCAUCUUCACACUUACCUCGUCGGCCGUGCUUUCUGCCGUCGGUGCCAGGUUUGAGAGCAACACGGCAUUGUAUUCUGGCGGCGCCAUCAGCGCCGGCAUCAGUACGACCCUCACUCUGGACGCAUGUGUCUUUGAGGGAAAUGCUGCAUCGAUGGCAACCGGAAAAGCCGGUGCUGUCCGCCUCCUCAGCACUUUGUCGCGGCACACUAUUAUCAACUCGACUUUUACCGGUAAUGCUGCCGCUUACGGUGGCGCACUGGCUCUCGAGCCGUCCGCAGACGUCGCCGUUCUGGGUGGUCACUUUGUCGCCAACAGCGCAAGCCUCUUUGGUGGCGCUAUUACCGCCACCUCGGCCGGCCUGGUUAUCGUCGAUGCUCAUUUUGACGACAAUACCGCGACCGCUAUCGGCGGCGCGCUCGAGAUCGGCUCGAUGCUCCCUGACUCAACUGUCGUCAACUCCACCUUUGUCCGUCACUCGGCCGGCUCUGCGGGCGGCACCAUCUACGUCGGGUCGGGUGCCUUUGUCCUGGACCACAUUGUCGUCACCGACUCGGUCUCGGCCAACUCCGGCGCGCUCUUUGCCAACGCCGAUAUCACCAUCUCCGGCUCCAUCUUUUCAUCGUGCUCAUCGUCGUCAGACGGCGGCGCCAUCUCGGCUGGUACCUCGGCGGUUGUCUCCAUCUACGACUCGAUUCUGUCUCACAACACAGCGGUCGGAAGCGGUGGUGCCAUCUCGUCGUACGGCGAGCUCUCCAUUGUCCGCUCGGUCGUCUCGGGCAACUCGGCCGGAUCUCAGGCGACCGUGAGCGGCAACGUCGCCAGCAUCGGCGGCGGCAUGCGCAUCGAUGGCAAUGCCACACUUGUCGGCUCGAUCUUGGUCGGCAACACCGCACUCACUACCAGCGGCGGGAGCAUUCACGCUCACGGUAGCCAUCUCGAGCUCAUCGACUGUGUCAUCCGCGACUCGUCGGCUGCCAUGUCUGGCGGCGGCAUCCACGUCAAGAACUCAUACACCGUCCUUGUCGACGUAGUCGUUGAGAGCAACACUGCGGACAAGAGCUCGGGCCUCCGUGUGGACGACGUUGCUUUCGGCUCGCGGCUGGUGCGGACCGUGAUCCGGAGCAACACGGCCCUAGCGGGCAUGGCCACCGGAGCGGUGGAAGUCGUCGCCGCUCAGCUGCUAUUUGUCGACUCUGCGGUGUGCGCAAAUGCCGCCAGUGCGUGCACCACCAACGUUGUCUGCAUUUCCGGCGGAACAACGCCAGGCCUGGCCAAUGGGUGCGGCGCCGCGCCCGAUGCCUGCCUUCAUGGCCGUGCCUCUUGCUCCGCCGUUCCGCUCGUUCCCAACUCUGCAUGCACCUCGUGCAAACCGGGCUGGACCGGUCCCAGCUGCGACGUUCGCACACACUGCAACUCCGACACUGUCGCGGGCGCGCCGUGCUCUAUCGCCGGCACAACGUGCACCUCAUGUGAGGACGGAUACGCCUUUAGCGAUGCUACGCACUCGUCGUGUGCGCUCUGCCAGCAUGGUCAGUUUUACGAGGGGUCAACCCAGCCGUGCGGGAACUGUGCUGCCUCUUGUGCAACUUGCCACGGUACCGCCAUCAACUGCACCUCGUGUGGUGCCGGGUGGAACCUUGUGGGCAAUUCAUGCGUACUGGUACCAUCGCCGCCGCCGCCGCCACCGCCGUCGUCGAUGUCAUCAUCACCGCCACCGCCGCCGCCGGUCACGAUCUGCCCGGGCAACGACACGGUCGAUGAGUGCGGCAUGUGCUCGGGCCCGGUCUCGGGCCACGUCGCCGGCGCCGAUAAGGAUGUAUGUGGCGUGUGUUUCGGCGAUGGCAGCGGGUGUGGCGGUGGCAGCGAUGGGUCGAAAUCGGGCUCGGGAUCAGUGUCUUCGAGUGACAUGGUGCUUGCGGUUGGGUUCUCCGUGAGCGGGAUGUGUGUGGUGGUCUGCGUUCUCGGCGUCGGGUGCUACCGGCGGCGGGCGCAAGUUAGGGCGGCCUUUCAGGCUCGCGACUUUCCGACGCGGGAGACCAAGAUGCCGGGUGGCCAUGUGGCGCUGCUGGCCACCGAGGUGCAGAGCGUCGAGUACUUUGCCAGUGCGUACCCGGAAGCGAUGACACAGGCCAUGGCCGACCAUGAUGCGCUCAUCAACUCUGUGGCAUGGGAGCAUGAAGGCUACGUCGCCGCCAACAAGAACGGCUGCUUCUUAGUGGCCUUUCCCGAGUCGCGGGCGGCGUUCCUGGCAGCAAUCUCUAUCCAGCGCGGCUUGUUUGAGCUCCCGUGGCCGGCCGCUAUCACCAGUGAUGACAGGCUCAUCUCAGAUGGAGUGCUGUGGAACGGGCUGCGAGUCCGCAUUGGGCUCCGGGUCUGCAAGCCCGCCAUUGUCCACGACGCAACAAGCGGAGGGAUGGUUUACAGCGGGCGCGGGUUGACCGAGGCACGGCUGUUAUGCGGAGCUGCCAAUGGUGGGCAGAUUGUGGUCGACGAUCUCGUGGCGGCUCGGGUCUCGGCCGGUGUAAUGCCGCUUGGCCUCUUUGUCUCGCGCGACAUGCCUGACUGGGAGGUCGAGCUGUUCCAGGCCAAGGUUGUCGGACUCCGCGAGCGCGACCACCCGGCGGAGCUGGCUGGCUUUGAGCGAAUCGGUGACGUGAGCAUGCCAUCGUUGUACCAGUCGAGUGAGCUGAGGCAGGCCUUUGACGGCUCGUCGUCAGUUCUCAUUUCGCCACGCCCGCUUAUCUCGGCUGAUCCGCUCGACAUUCUCACGGCACGGUCAUCCAAUUCGACUGGGCUGCUGCCCAACUCGACGUCUGACGGCUCGCAAUCGCGGCGGCCAGUCAAGCGGAGGAGUUCGCGGCUCGCCAAGACGUCUCCGCGCUUCGGCAAAGGCAGUCCGCCUCGGGGCAAGAAGACCCCGUCGUCGCCGCGGAGCAGGAGCAGCGAGAAGGCGGCGCAGCGGUAAAAGAACACGGC